AACUAUUUCUAAAGUUAUAUUAUACAAGCUUAAAAUUGCAACACAGACAGAUACCAGCCUGAGACGAAAACAUCAAAAAUAAAUAUUGCAAUAUAGGUCAGUUAACACAAGACAAAGAUUCUCUGGAGGUGGAUCCUCAAGUUCAUAUUGGUAUACAGAAGCGUAAAUUAAAAUCGAUAUGUAUGCAACUACAGUUUCCAUAUUCAUCUUCAUGAGUGCUUUCACUUCUGGCUUUUCCAAAGAGUCGUGCAUAUUUGGGGAAUACAAAUGUCAAUGUGAAUCAAAGGAAAACCACUCAGAAAUAUCUUGUACAACCAUCAGGGAUGCUGUUCUUAGGAAGUUGGAUCCUGGAGCAAUAGACAACAUUACCCUAGUAAGUUUGGCUAAUAAUCAGAUAGAACAGGCUCCUGAUGGGGUAUUUGAUUCACUGAACAACACACUGGAGAACCUAACCCUAAGUCACAAUAACUUGGAAAAUAUACCAACAAGUAUUCUAGCCCUUACAAAACUACUAGAAAUAUCAUUGGAUUUUAAUCUCAUUGAAGAAGUUGGUGAUAAUGCUUUCCAAGGUCUUAUCCAUUUACUAUGUAUCGACUUGGACAAGAACAUCAUAGAGGUAAUUGGAGCACAUGCGUUUGAUGGAUUGAGCAGUUUGACAAACUUAGAAAUACAAGGGAACAGAUUGAGAGAUGUACCCACUCAAGCGCUAAGUAGCUUGGAGUCCCUUGAGGUCUUAAUACUGUCAUAUAACUAUAUCAAGUCUAUUCCCCCUAAUGCUUUCAUAAACAACACACGACUCAAAAUGAUUGAUUUAUCGCACAAUGAGUUGGCUUCUUUAAUACGCACUGAUGCUUUUGCUGGGUUAGAAUACACAGUUGAGGUGUUGAAGAUGGGGAUGAACUAUCUCAAAGUGGUUCCCUCAGAUGCCCUAAAUCGCCUAAAAACUUUGAAAAUACUUUAUUUGAAUGAUAACCGCUUCAGGAAUGUCACAGGCAAUGCUUUCACAGGUAUGACAUCACUUGCUAAUUUGAUGCUUCAAGAUGGCUACAUUGCUAACAUGGACGAUGAUGCUUUGGUAGGACUAGAGUACACAUUGAAUACUCUCAAUAUUAAAAACAACAAGCUUAAAAGCAUCGAUAAAUGCAUUAUAAACUCUCUCACAAAUCUGAAAAUAUUUCGUUUCUCCUAUAAUAAGAUCCCAUGUAACUGUUCAUAUAUCUGGCUGAAAAAAUGGUUAGAUCCCAAUUAUGACAAAAAUAACUGUUUAUCAGAGGUUACCACUUCAGGUGUGAAAUUGUGGGAGAGUUUUCUUGAACGUUGUUCUUUGAAUGAUACAAACAAUUGCAACCUGGCAACAACACAACAAACUAAUGCAAUUACUAAGGCAACUCCUACAACAAUAAAUACUAACACCAGCCCUAGCAAUAUCCCCAGUGCCGAAAAUAUCAUCACAAGCCCUGAUUAUAUCACCACGCCUAAUUAUAUCACAAGCCUUGAUAAUAUCAUCAGCCUUGAUAAUAUCACAAGCCCUAAUAAUAUCACAAGCCCUAACAAUAUCACAAGCCCUAAUAAUAUCACAAGCCCUAGCAGUGACAACAACACAAGCAACAAGACCAACAAAUUCGACAAUGGUGUUCCUAUGACAACCUCCACAUCAGAUAUCAAACCAGGUACACCCAAAGGGAGUAAAUCAAGUCCUCAAAAAAUGGCUCCUGGCACAAUAGCAGGAAUUGUGAUAGCCGUAGUAUUUGUAUUAGUGGUUAUAGCGCUUGCAAUUUAUUGCCUGAUUUACAAACAAAGGACUGGAAAGGGGCUAAAUAAGUUAGACACAUCGACAAAUACCGAACUUGAGGUAAAAUCUGAUACGCCUUUUCAGAUAUCAUACCGGUACUAAGUACGAAAUAACUUCCAAUGUCUCUUAGUGAAAAACAGUCUCAAAUAUUUGACUGUUCAGAAAGUCGAAUGUGAUUGGUUGCUAAGCUUGUUGCUAGUUAAAGAGCAGAUCCAACCAAAAAGGUUGAGU